AUGGCAUGGGCUCUUUAAGUUGAUUUCACCGCAACCCCCGCUUCAGCCUGUUCUGUUCUGAUUGGUGAUCCCACUGUUGUGCCUCAGAGACCAGCAGAGGUGGAAAGUAACGAAUUACAUUACUCGCGUUACUGUAAUUGAGUAGCUUUUUUGUGUACUUGUACUUUUUUAACUACUUUUUAAAAUGUGUAAUUUUACUUUUACUUAAGUACAUUUUCUUUGGAGUAAUGUACUUCGGUACAUUUUACAGCACAAGCGUUACUGAGUAAAAAAAAAUCUCACUGAAACAAAAAAAAAGUGUUCUGGUAAUGAAUUAUGGGAUGUAAAAAACUGAACGUUGUGCCCCUGCGCGCUGCCGGCGCGCAGGGGCGCGCCGUCCCUCACUCAGACGAUGAUGGCUGACAUGGAGGCAGACGAUGGAGAUUCACCUGCUACUUCAGAGGAGACCAACACGAGCCGUUCAUCCUCUAACCUAGUGCACCCCUGGCCCUAUCUUUAAAACAUGUUCAGCUUCGUGGAGAAACGUGGAGAAAGCUAUAUCAUGCAAUGUAAACUAUGUGUGCCGAAGAAGUCCAACAUAUCAGCUUACAAGAAUUCGACGUCGAAUCUCCGAAAGCACGUUGAGAGGAGACAUCCGUCAAAAAUGAAGGCCUUCAUUGACUGCGUGGCAACACGAAAACGGACAUCGGACUCGGAGCCUCAAGAAGUGGUAGCCAAGCAAGUCAAACUGGAUGAGAUGAUGGCAGCUGGUGUCGGCAGACGUGUGCCACAGUCAAAACUUGACAAGCUUGUGAUGGCCUUUAUUUGUGAUGGGCAUCAUGCCCUUUCUGUGGUAGAGCAACCAGCGUUCAAGGACCUUAUAACCACGCUGAAUCCCCAAAGCCAUGUGAUUUCAAGACCGACUCUUCGCAUCAGAAUACAGGAAGCAGCAAAUCACAUGAAGACAAACUUGAUGUCACAUCUCGCCAAGGUCCGUUAUGUUGGUACCACCACUGACUGUUGGACGGCGCACCAACAAAGUUUCUUAGGAAUGACGGUCCAUUGGAUAGACGAGCACACCCUGGAGAGGCAGUCUGCUGCACUGGCGUGCAAGCGGUUGAAGGGUUCCCACACUUUUGACAUCUUGGCAGCUGCAAUCGAUGAUAUCCACUGUCAAUAUAAAAUCAGGGGAAAAGUCGUGAGGACUAUAACCGACAGUGGGUCCAAUUUCAUCAAAGCUUUCGCUGUCUUUGGGGAACACAGCCAGGAUCCAGAGGAGUCCGACCCAGAUUGUGAAGAACCCGAUACCAAUGACCUGGUAGACGCAUUCAGCAUUUUGGAAAAGGACACUCGGCUGGAAUUUCAACUCCCCUCACACCAAAGGUGUGCGUGCCAUCUGCUGAACCUCGUGGCAACAACCGAUGCAACGAAGGCAGAAGCAAAUGACACAUACAAAAGAUUGUCUCGGUCAUCCUUCGCGAAAUGCCAGGGAUUAUGGAACAAGACGGGCCGGUCAUAUGUGGCCGCAGAAUUUGUUCAAGAUCACUGCCAGCUUCAGCUGAUAAGACCUAAUCAAACCCGGUGGAACUCCACUUACAUGGCCAUUGAGCGACUGCUGCGGAUCAUAGAUGACAAGGGGGAGGUGGCGAUCCGAAAUGUCUGCGAAGAAUUCAGACUCAAAAUGUUGAGUCCUGCAGAAAUCACUUUUCUCAGAGUAUCGCGAGGUGAUGAAACCUUUGGUAAAGGCGUUGAACAUCUUGCAGUCAGAGACUAACACGCACAUGGGUGGCUCCUUCCAGUGAUUUCACAGCUGUUCAAGAGCAACUGGACUGACAGAGCCGAUGUCAUUGAAGCAGGCCUGACCUAUGUGAGGCAGCACCUUGACAGGAUGGCAGAGGUGGAAGAGGUCGUUGGGCAAACUUCAUCUGAUGAUGAGGAGGACUUCUUCACAUCCAUGAAGGUCAGAAGAUCACAAGGCACGGGGGAGCUGGAUGGGUAUCUUGCCUGUGCAUCAAGUAAGAUGGAUCUCCUCCAGUCAUUUCCACACAUCAAGAAACUCGCCCUCAAACUCAACACAGGUCUGCCUGCGUCAGCUGCCUGUGAAAGGCUUUUCAGCUGUGCCGGCCUGCUUUUCACCCCGAAGCGCGCUAGGAUGAAUGCAGUGAACUUUGAGAACCAACUCCUGCUCAAACUGAACAGGAAGUUUAGAGAUUAAUUCAUAGUCCAUCUAGCGUCUCUCUCUCUCUCACACACACACACACACACACACAGCUCCCUCUCUCUCUCUCUCACACACACACAAACACAUAGAGCUCCCUCUCUCUCGCUCUCUUUCUCUCACACACACACACACACACACACAGAGCUCUCUCGCGCUCUCUCUCUCACACACAGACAGCCACAACAGCCAACAAGAGUAUUUGUUUGUUUUCUAUUUCCAUUGUUUAUUUAUGGAAUGUUUUGAAACCUGUUCUUUUUUUUAAAUGUCUGCACUUUUGAUGAGUCUCUUUAGGUUUUUCUAUGAAGAUAUUCUGUUAAGAUGUUUCUGUGGAAUGUUUAUUGGCGAGUUGAAACUGAAAUGAAACCACAGUCAGUGCACAAGCACUUUUUGCUGAAUGUAGCACUAUGUAGUUUAUG